CCAACUCGGCUCCUCUUCCUUCUCCUCCGAUUCACUCUUCUCCCAGUCUCUCUCUGUCCAUUUUUUCUCCCCCAUUUCUUUCACAUUUUCAUCAAAUCGUCUAUUGGAUUUGACGAUUGAAUCCGAAACGGCGCUUCAAGCUGGAUUCCUGUGCAAGGUGGAUUAGGCUUUAACUGUUUGAAUGAAUAUUUGUCAGUUUCGUAAAAACUAGUAUAAUGGAAGAAGAAGAAAACGCACAAGAGGCAGAAAUAUCUGGUCAUGAGUCAAAAACUCAUGAAGUAGAUAAUGGUGUAAAGGAAAUAGUAGGGGGUCUCCAUCCUGGUAUUGGAGUUGAACAUGAAGAUGAAAAAAUAGACUUGCAGGGGAAGGAAAUUGGUUCGGCAAGUACAGGGGUGGAUGAGGACCAUUUUGAGCAGGUAUCUCUAAAAGAUAAAGGGAAGAAUAAUGAGUCUGUAGGUUCAAACCGAUCUUCUCAUUUAGAUAAUGAAGAAAAAAUCUAUGGUGGAAAUACAGAAGAUUCUCAAUGUUCACCGGGGACGCAUAUGAUGGAAAGUGGUUCCUCUCCUGUUGCUGACAUGCAACAUGAUCAAUUUAUAUAUAGCCCUGAGUCUGAGGGGCAUUUUGGCCACACAAUGAAUCAGUUUGAGUAUCAAACUGGUCUUGAUUCAACUGGAUAUUCACCUGUUGGUUCUCCACCAAAGCCAAGGCAGAAGAAUGCUAUGCCAACUGUCUCUCCAGAAUUACUGCAUUUAGUAGAUUCUGCUAUUAUGGGAAAACCUGAAGGUCUGGAGAAACUAAAGAAUAUUGCAAGAGGCAUAGAAAGUUUUGGUACUGGUGAAAUAAUGGAAAAUGUGGCUUUCUUAAUAGUAGACUCACUUCUUGCAACAAUGGGUGGUGUUGAAAGUUUUGAAGAGGACGAGGAUAACAACCCUCCAAGCGUAAUGCUUAAUUCCCGGGCUGCCAUUGUGGCAGCUGAGCUGAUUCCCUGGCUUCCUUGGGUAGCUGAUACUGACUAUGUCAUGUCACCUAGGACACGAAUGGUCAGGGGGCUACUUGCUAUAUUACGGGCAUGUACUAGAAACAGAGCAAUGUGCUCAAUGGCUGGCCUGUUAGGAGUAUUGUUGAAAUCAGCAGAAAAAGUUUUUACAGAGGAUGUUGUUUCAAGUGGCCAAAUGAGGUGGGAUGGAACUCCUUUGUGUAACUGUAUACAAUACUUAGCAGGGCACUCUCUUGGUGUAAGUGAUCUUCACAGAUGGUUUCAAGUUGUUAGAAGAACACUUGAUACAAUUUGGGCUCCACGUUUAAUGCUUGCAUUAGAGAAAGCUAUAGGUGGAAAGGAGUCAAUGGGACCUGCCUGCAGUUUUGAGUUUGAUGGUGAAAGCUCUGGUUUGCUUGGUCCAGGUGAAGGGCGUUGGCCGUUUGUCAAUGGUUAUGGGUUUGCAACAUGGAUUUACAUUGAAUCAUUUGCUGACACAUUAAAUACGGCAACAGCUGCGGCUGCGAUUGCUGCAGCUGCUGCAGCAAAGUCGGGUAAAUCAUCAGCCAUGUCAGCUGCUGCAGCAGCUAGUGCACUUGCUGGUGAAGGUACAGCACACAUGCCACGGCUGUUCAGUUUCUUAUCUGCUGAUAAUCAGGGUAUAGAGGCUUAUUUCCAUGCUCAGUUUUUGGUUGUUGAAACUGGUAGUGGGAAGGGAAGGAAGUCUUCUUUGCAUUUUACCCAUGCUUUCAAACCACAGUGCUGGUACUUCAUUGGUCUGGAGCAUAUUAGCAAGCAUGGAAUUAUUGGGAAAGCUGAAAGUGAAGUUAGACUAUAUAUAGAUGGAGCUUUAUAUGAAAGCCGUCCUUUUGAGUUUCCUCGAAUUUCCAAACCCCUUUCAUUUUGCUGCAUAGGAACUAACCCUCCGCCAACAAUGGCUGGUUUACAACGCCGUCGUCGUCAAUGCCCUUUGUUUGCUGAAAUGGGUCCUGUCUAUAUCUUCAAGGAACCGAUUGGGCCAGAGAGGAUGGCACGGUUGGCUUCCAGGGGAGGGGAUGUGAUUCCUUCUUUUGGUAAUGCAGCAGGACUGCCAUGGCUAGCGACAAAUCCCUAUAUGCAGAGCAAGGCAGAGGAAAGUGCUCUUUUAGAUUCAGAAAUUGGUGGCUGCAUUCAUCUGCUUUAUCAUCCUUGUUUGCUUAGUGGCCGUUACUGCUCAGAUGCUUCACCUUCUGGUGCUGCAGGGUUGGUUCGGCGUCCAGCUGGAGUUCUCGGGCAAGUCCAUGUUGCAACUCGAACGCGACCUGCUGAUGCUUUGUGGGCAUUGGCUUAUGGAGGUCCCUUAGCUUUGCUUCCCUUGGCAGUGAGCAGUGUACAUGAGAUAACCUUGGAACCACAGAUGGGGAAUGUUUCUUUGUCUUUAGCAACCACAUCUCUUGCUUCCUCAAUAUUUAGAAUUAUAUCCUUGGCUGUACAAUAUCCUAGGAACAAUGAAGAGUUAUCUCGCGGCAGAGGACCUGAGAUUCUUUCAAAAAUUUUGAAUUAUCUUCUCCAGACUCUAUCUUUGCUUGGUUAUGGAAAGCGAGAUGGUGUAGGAGAUGAGGAGCUUGUUGCUGCUGUUGUCUCACUAUGUCAAUCCCAGAAUAUCAAUGACAAGCUUAAAGUACAACUCUUCACUACCUUGCUCUUAGAUUUAAAAAUUUGGAGUUUGUGCAGUUAUGGAAUACAAAAGAAGCUUCUGUCAUCACUUGCAGACAUGGUUUUCACUGAGUCAGCAAUCAUGCGAGAUGCUAAUGCCAUUCAGAUGCUUCUUGAUGGUUGCAGAAAAUGUUAUUGGACUAUUCCUGAAAAGGACUCAGUGAACACAUUUUCCCUUACUGGGGCAACACGUCCGGUGGGUGAACUUAAUGCUCUAGUUGAUGAGCUCUUAGUGGUAGUUGAACUUCUAACAGUGGCAGCGCCUCCUUCAAUGGUCUCUGAUGAUGUCCGGUGUUUGCUAGGAUUCAUGCUUGAUUGUCCACAGCUCAACCAGGUUGCUAGGGUGUUGCAUCUGUUCUACAGGUUAAUUGUACAGCCGAAUACAGCUAGAGCGCGCACAUUUGCAGAAGCAUUCCUAGCAUGUGGUGGUGUGGAAACUCUUCUUGUUCUGCUUCAGAGGGAAGCUAAGACUGGGGACAAUGGUGUCUUGGAAUCAAUGUCAAAAAUUCCUCAACCUGAAAAAGCUACCGUUGGUGGUAAUAGUGAAAUUACAGAACAAAGUCAAGAUGAUGAAAGACCAGCUGAGAAAAGUGAAGCAGCCUUAGAAGAAAAUGACCAAGAUUCUCAACUAGUUGAUAAUAGAGGUCAUCCCGAUUCAAGUUCUGCUGUUGUGAAUAUUGAAAGGAUGAAGUCUACUUCUGAAACUUCUAGUGUCAAUAAUUUGGGAGGAAUAAGCCUUUCCAUUAGUGCUGAUAAUGCAAGAAACAAUGUUUACAAUAUUGAUAACAGUGAUGGUAUUGUUGUCGGGAUCAUAGCCCUCUUGGGUGCAUUAGUAGCUUCAGGGCAUCUGAAAUUUGACUCUCAUGCUGCUCCUGAUACAACAAGAAACCUUUUGGGCGUUGGACUGCAAGAUGGGGGUGGCACCAUGUUUGAUGACAAGGUUUCUCUUUUGCUUUUUGCCUUGCAGAAGGCUUUCCAAGCAGCUCCCAACAGGCUAAUAACUAACAACGUUUACACCACUUUGUUGGCUGCCUCGAUCAAUGCCUCUUCAAUGGAGGAUGGUUUGAACUUCUAUGAUUCUGGUCAUCGUUUUGAGCAUUCACAACUUCUGCUGGUGCUUUUGCGUUCUCUUCCCCAUGCACCCAGGCCUUUGCAGUGCAGAGCACUACAGGAUCUUCUAUUUUUGGCUUGCAGUCAUCAAGAAAAUAGAAGUAGUUUGACAAACAUGGAAGAAUGGCCUGAAUGGAUCUUGGAAUUGCUAAUUUCAAACAAUGAGAUGGCGCCAACCAAAUCUUCAAAUUCAACGAGUCAUGGAGAACUAGAGGACCUUAUACAUAACUUCCUUAUUAUCAUGUUAGAGCAUUCAAUGCGGCAAAAGGAUGGAUGGAAGGAUAUUGAAAUGACAAUUCAUUGUGCAGAAUGGCUUUGUAUUGUCGGCGGAUCUAGUAUAGGAGAACUUCGAAAAAGACGUGAGGAAUCAUUGCCUAUAUUUAAGAGGAGGCUCUUAGGUGGCUUGUUGGACUUUGCUGCUCGGGAAUUGCGGCUUCAGGUAAGGAUUUUCUU